AUGCGCGCCUUCUUCCGUGUCGGAGUGACUGCGAUGCCGUCGUCUGCGCAGCUGUGCGCUAUGCGCACGCUGUACAGUGACAAAGUCCAGGAUCACUACAAGAAUCCUCGGAAUGUGGGAAAGCUAGACAAGAACGACCCGAACGUUGGCACCGGGCUGCGCGGCGCGCCGGAGUGCGGCGACAUGACGCAGAUGCAAGUGAAAGUGAACCCUGACACAUUGGUGAUUGAAGACGUCAAGUUCAAGGCAUUCGGCUGCGGGAGCGCAAUCGCCGCGUCCUCGUACGCGUCGCAGGCGAUUCGUGGUAAAAGCGUUGCGGACGCGCUGAAGCUGACGAACAAGGAGAUCGCGCAGGAGCUGUCGCUGCCGCCCGUAAAGCUGCACUGUUCCAUGCUGGCGGAGGAGACAAUUCACGCUGCGGUGGAGAACUACCUGUCGAAGAACCCGACACUGAAAAGUAAGGUGUUGAAAAGAAAGGAGGAGGCCAAGGAGGAGUAA